AUUUGCGUGGAUGGAUGUAUACUUUUAAUAACUCUUAUACUUGUUUAACAAGUAAAAAUUAUCCUAUAUUCUGGUAUUUGUUAAUUGUAUAUAUUGUUAUUUCAUAUGAUUACGUUAGGGCCUUACUUGUAAAUUCUCAAUCAAUUUUUUGUAUAUAGUAGUUUUGUAAAUACCCCCCUAAUGCUUGUAAUGAAAUCUUGUAACAGUGUGAUAUCAUAUCACUGAUAUGUAACACAAAAUGAUGAACAACCGAGCUUGUUACAUUUAUAAAAUGAAUGAAAAUACAUAGAAGAAAAUUGUUUAAAAUGAGAAAACGUUUUUGAAAUCGAUGCGAUCAAUAAUAAGAAAUGCAAGAAAAAGCAAAAUGAAACCACGAAGUCAGGGUAUUGCUUUGUAAAUAUGAUAACAGAUGCGAGCGAAAUACUGCAGGUGUUAUCAGAGCAGCUGGUAAUUCAAUGUAUUUAUCUAUUCUUUUUUUUUUAUCGGGCUUUUAGUUUGUGUAAACGUCAAACAGUUCAGUCUUUCAAGCAACGUCUACGUUUUUAUACCCAAAUAUUCACAGAAUGGAACUUAAAUGUAAAAUACAAACUUAUGACUGGGGAAGGUAUGGUAUUGAUAGUACUGUUGCUACAUUAAUAAAAUCUGCCAACUCGGAUUUCUGUUUGGAUGAAAAAAAACCAUAUGCUGAACUAUGGAUGGGCACACAUCCCAAUGGCCCUUCAUAUAUAAAAGAAUUAAAUAUACCCUUGGAGAAAUACAUCAAAGAAAAUAGUGAGGUGCUAGGCAGUGAUGUUAAAAAAAUAUUCGGUCAACAUUUACCAUUUUUGUUUAAGGUUUUAUCUGUGAAUAAAGCAUUAUCAAUUCAGGCACAUCCGAACAAGGAUAAGGCAAAACAAUUGCAUCAGCAAUACCCUACUAUUUACAAAGAUGCAAAUCAUAAACCUGAGCUUGCAAUAGCAUUAACACCUUUCGAGGCUCUCUGUGGCUUCCGUCCAAUUAGAGAGAUUAAAGAAUUUUUGAAAGUUCUUCCAGAGUUACGCGCUGUAAUAGGAGAAGAUAAAGUACUUAAAUUUACGACAACAGACGAAAUGGGCAUUAUUAAAUCUUUAAAAACAUGUUUUCAUAGUCUUAUGACUUGUGAUCCUGGUCUAAUAGCACUGCAGCUUAGGAAAUUACUUGAUAGAUUGUCUAAUCUGGAUGAAUCAUUGAGGCAAACAUUACAUGCUAGUGUGUUAGAAAGACUGUACUCAGAUUAUCCAGGAGAUGUGGGAUGUUUUGGUAUUUACUUUUUUAAUUUUAUAACAAUGCAGCCUGGUGAAGCUAUAUAUCUUGGACCAAAUGAACCACAUGCAUAUCUUUCUGGUGAUUGCAUAGAAUGUAUGGCGUGUUCUGAUAAUGUAGUCCGUGCAGGGUUAACUUCAAAACUGAAAGAUGUGCCAACAUUGGUAGAAAUGUUAAUGUACAAUUGUGAGCCAACUUCUGCAAAAAAAUUUCAACCUUCUCGUGAAGAUGAAUGCACAGAAGUAUUUCGUCCUCCUGUAAUAGACUUUGCAGUUGCUAAAAUUACAAUACCUCCUGAACGAUCGUCGUAUAAUAUAAUUCCUAGGAGUACAGCUAGUAUCUUGAUUAUUAUAAACGGAAAAGGUGAAAUAUCAUCGUCUAAAAUUCUUUAUCGAGGCUCUGUCAUAUUCAUUCCGGCAAACGAAAAAAUUGGAAUUAAAGUUUUAUAUGGAUGUCAUCCAAUGUUGAUGUUUCAAGCCUUUGUAAACGUGUAAAGGUAAUUACUAAAUACUUGAAAAUAAUGCGGCAGAUGGCAAAAGCAAUGUUUGCACGCACAAAGUAUUAUUGCACUUUUAGAUGCUUCUUAGUCUAAGGCAAGAACUGUUGAACUUUUAACUAUAUCAGUAGUCAUACGUAUUAGUCGUGAAGAUAAAUACGAUCUACAUAGAUCGCUUGGAAUAUUAUAUUUUUACCAAUAGAUAAAAAAUAUUAUUUCCAUAGUAAGGCAUUCCAUAGUUUACAUAAAAAAUGCUAGGAAAUAGAGUUGAUGUUUCCGUAUAACACUUCUCAGAUUAAUGCACGAGUGCAUACAAUUAGAAACAUUCCUCGUCUGUACUAGAAGCAAAUAUCAUUUACAAUUCCUGCCAUAAUAUAUGUAUUAUAUAUAUUUUUAACUUUCACUAUUAAAUAGUACUUUUAUAUAUUAGAAGGAUCAUAAGUUUCCUCUUCGUUAUUUUAUUUCAUAUUUAAAAACAUACGUUUUUGUAAUAUACAAUUUAUAAAACUACAAAGACAUAAUUUUAUUUCUCAGUAUCUACAACAAAAGAUAAUGUGCAAUCGACUCUAGUCAAUUUUUAUUAAUUAUUGCUUCGUUAAUACUUUAUCUUUGUUAAAUACACAGAAAGAUUUUACGUAAUAUUUUAUUAAGCUAAAGUUACUUGCUUUAUGAUGUAUAAUGAAAAUAGCAAAGAGGUUAUGUAGCAUCACACGUAUAAACUUAAAGCAUGAUCAUAUAAAGCUAGCAUUUACAAAUUAUCAUUCCAUAAUGCCUUAUUUAUGAGAAUAAAAGAUUAGAGUAUAUGUUAUUUUAUUUCUAUCGCGAAUAAGAUAGUGCCAGUUGAAAAAAAUUGCUUUUAAAAUAUUUUAAUAUAUGUAUAGAAUAUGUUGACUUUUAUUUACAAUUUAAGAAAUAUUUUAAUAUUUGUAACAACUGCGUGUUUGAAACAACACAAUGCAUUUUUUAAGGAAGUAUAAAUACAUACUUUAUAAAUUUACAAUUUUCUCUUACGUAACAAUAAAAAGUUUCGACUCCUAAUGUAAUACAGGUAGUUGUUUCAACUACUAAUUGUAUGUGUUCAGAAAAUAAAGAGAUAACGUGUUUGUUAUAA